UGUAGUGACUGGCGGAGGGGGAUGGCGAGGCGCCAAUCAGAAGUUGGGGCUUGCAGGCUCGCGCUGGCCGGGGCCGCCUCCGGACUGCUGGGUGCGGGUCAGCUGUGUCCUCUCGGGACCCGGGGUCGCUGCGGUUUUUUUUGUUUUCUCUAGACAUAAUGUCACGUGGAGAUGAUCUUCAGUCACAGGCUCUCACCAAGCCCGCUUUCAGUGAAACCCAAGCCUCUGCAUUAGUGGAAUCGGUAUUUGGGUUAAAAGUUUCCAAGAUCCAGCCACUUCCUAGCUACGAUGACCAAAACUUUCACGUAUGCGUUUCAAGAACCAAAGACACUACAGAUGGCCCGACUGAGUAUGUCCUCAAAAUAAGCAACACUGAGUCGAGCAAAACUCCAGAGCUGAUUGAAGUUCAGAGUCACAUCAUCAUGUUUCUGAGAGCCGCUGGGUUCCCAACAGCCUCUGUGUGUCGCACUAAAGGAGACAACCUAACCUCUCUUGUGUCCAUAGAUAGUGGCUCCGAAAUCGCAAGCUACUUGGUGAGGCUGCUGACUUACCUCCCAGGAAGGCCUAUAGCUGAGAUUCCCAUCAGCCCCCAGCUACUGUAUGAAAUUGGAAGGCUAGCUGGCAAAUUGGAUAAGACACUGGAGAAAUUCCAUCACCCAAAGUUAAGUUGCCUUCGUCGAGAAAACUUCAUUUGGAAUCUGAAAAACGUUCCUCUUCUGGAGAAGUACCUGUAUGCCUUGGGCCAGAGCCGAAACCGAGAGAUCGUCACACAGGUCAUUCAGCUGUUCAAGGGCGAGGUCCUGACCAAGUUAGGUGAUUUUCGAGAAUGUGUCAAUCACGGAGACCUUAAUGACCAUAACAUUUUAGUGGAGGCCGUCAAGUCAGCCCCUGAAGGUGCCACGUAUCACGUGUCUGGGAUUUUAGACUUCGGUGACAUGAGCUACGGCUACUAUGUGUUUGAGGUGGCCAUCACCAUCAUGUACAUGAUGAUUGAGAGCAAGAGUCCCCUACACGUGGGAGGCCAUGUCCUUGCCGGAUUUGAGAGCGUCAUCCCACUGACACCUGUGGAGAGGGGCGCCUUGUUCCUCCUCGUGUGCGGUCGCUUUUGUCAGUCGCUCGUCAUGGCUGCACACUCUUGCCAGCUACACCCGGAGAACAAAGAAUAUCUCAUGAUCACUGCCAAAACUGGAUGGAAGCACCUGCAGCAGAUGUUCGACAUGGGCCAGGAAGCUGUAGAAGAAAUCUGGUUUCAAACUGCCAGGUCCUACGACCCUGGGAUCGCCAUGUGACUAGGCGAAAUUUCACAUUAGCUUCGAUGGUGAAGAACCCAGAAGGACCAAAUCUAAUUCUGUGAAGGAUUUCUCUGCACAGCGAAAAAUGAAUUGAUAGAACUGAUCGGUGCACAUGAACCCUCCGAGCACUCUCACGACCGCUUUUUAAAUCUAAGAAAGUGCCCCCUGAGCAAGCGUGUCUUUCUGUGGGUCUCACUUGCCUCAUGUAUAAAACACAGAGUGAUGUUUUGACUCA